ACGUACCCUUUACGAAACAGUUUCAGUUUGGUUUCAUAAAGAGGAUAUCACCUGUGUUUCUCUUAGUAGUUCCUGUUUAUUGAUAUCUAAUUAUAUAAUUAUGCGGAAAUCCAUAUUAUUGCCAAUAAUAAUAUUGGGAACAGUGACUAUUGAAGCAUUUAUUCCCCAAUUAGAUGGGCGUAUAGUUGGUGGAAAAGAUGCGAAUAUAACCAGCUUUCCUUACCAAGUAUCUCUGCUGAGAGGUUUAUCACACGUAUGUGGCGGAUCCAUAUUUCACACAAAUUAUAUAUUGACUGCUGCUCAUUGUGUUCAUGGUUAUCUCACUACUUUAUUUUCAAUCCGAGUGGGAUCCAGUAUCGCAAAUCAAGGAGAUGGAACCUUUAAAGUGUGUAAAAUUCAUAUCCACGAUAAAUUUGAUCAAAACACUAUGGAUAAUGAUAUCGCAAUUUUAACGUUAUGUUCUCCUCUGAAAUUUAGUGCUACAGUUCUUCCGAUAGCUCUUCCAGGAAGUUCGGAGGCCAUUCCCACAGGAGCAAAAGCUACCGUCACGGGAUGGGGAGUUUUGAAGGAAACUGACAAGGCUGUGUCAAAAAUUUUGCAGCAAGUAGAUAUCCCUAUUCUGAGUCAGAAAUCUUGCCUUUCAGUCUAUGGAGGUGAGUACAUAACCAGCAAUAUGUUCUGUGCUGGAUAUGUUGGUAAAGGAGCAAAGGAUGCUUGUCAGGGAGAUUCUGGAGGGCCACUGAUGGCGAAUGGAAAACUUUUUGGAAUCGUAUCAUGGGGAGUGGGAUGUGCCCACCCGAAGUAUCCUGGUGUUUACACUAAUGUUCCAGUUUUCCGGGGAUGGAUCAGAGAUUAUACAAAAUAUCAACUGUAUAAUUUCGUUAUUAUUUAUUUUGAUCUUGUGAUAACGAUUACUAACAAAUUUGGGUAUAUAUAUAAUAACUUACUUAUGAUUACUUACUUGAUCAUGAGUUUCUCACAAACCUAUGUGUUUCUACUCCUAUUUGGCGUAGUCUACUCUGCGAAUAUUAGACCAACUCUUAAAAUUGUUGGUGGCUCCAAUGCCAGCAUUGAGGAUUAUCCAUAUCAGAUUUCUCUUCAGUUUUAUGGUAGACAUGGAUGUGGGGGGUCUAUUUUGAAUCCUUUGUUCAUUUUGACCGCAGCGCAUUGCAUAUUCGAUGUCAAUUCUGAACAGAUCAGUGUAAGAGUUGGUUCAUCUUAUCGAAACAGCGACGGAGAAGUUUAUGCUGUUUCGAAAAUUUAUAAGCAUCCCUUGUUCGACUUGAGUACUUUCGAUUUCGAUAUAGCAUUGCUGAAGUUACGAACCGAACUUACAUUUGGUCCUGGAGUUCAACCAGUGGCAAUAGCCUCGUCAGGUACCAUAAUUCCUAAUGGAGUGUCAGCUAUAGCAACGGGUUGGGGAAGAUUGCUAGACGGAGGACCAGCAGCCAAUCAGCUUCAAGUUGUUACAUUGCCUACUAUCACUACAGAAAGUUGCAAAACAUAUUACGAUGAUGCAUCAAUUACAGAUCGAAUGAUGUGUGCUGGAUAUGAUGAGGGUGGAAAAGACACAUGUGAGGGUGAUUCUGGUGGCCCCUUAGUUGUUACUGGAAUUCAAAUUGGAAUUACUUCUUGGGGAGACGUAUGCGCAAAGGCUGGGAAACCUGGAAUUUUCACAAAAUUAACCGAAUUUAAAGACUACAUCGAUUCUAUAAUAAAUUCGUGAAGUAUGAGAGCUCAUGAAUAAUCAAAUUUUAAAGGAUAUGUUGUUCAGUUUAUUUGUUUAUAUUAUCAAUAAACUCAAUCAGAAUGUAUUAAAUUUA